AAUGUGACAAAAGUGACAGGGAGUGAAGGCACAUAUGCUGGCCCUCUCGGUCUGUACUUGAACCCCUGUCUCAGCGCACUCAUCGUUUCAGGUUUACUGGCCUCUCUUCUUCUUCUUCUUCUUCUUCUUCUUCUUCUCCUCCCGCUCGCGUAUUGCCGACUGCGCACGCUGAUCCGCCGAUUGGCCAGCACAUCGUUUUCUUCGAACGCAGCGGCGUCCUUCCCGUUUCUGUGCCACGGCUGCCAGUCACGGUGGCGUUGUGCCCAGAGCCAAUCUCGAUCAAAAACGUUCAGAGAGACAGAAAACAACGUGGGAUGUUUUCGCUAUCGUGAUGGCAGUCUGAGGACGCCGCGGGCGCCUGGUGUUUUGCUGCAGCGGGCGCGGCUUUAGGACCGGGGAGACACCCGGAGGAGAGGCGAGGAGAGGAGAGCCGCCGCUUUGCAGCGGAGUGUGAAGAGCCCCUCUAUCCCAGUUCGGAUUCCUCCGUGUGCAGUCACUUCUCCUUCUGUUUCCACUGGUCGUGUUUUGGGACUUUCUCACUCGGAUCCCGUCUCUCCUUUAUUAUCAUCUACCUGACACUUUCAUCGGCGCGGCUGCGUCUCGCGGUCAUUUUCACUUCGGGCACUGGAGGAUUUCUGUCGGACAGAAGGGACUUGGAUGGCACAACUCAAAUAACGGAGUGUGGGCGAUGCGGCUGCCAGAGAAGUCGAGCUAGCAGCGGACGGCAGCCCACAAAUCUGCUCCCUGUUCGCCCGAGGAGAGCGCGAGGAGUGAAGAAAGUCGCUCCCUAAUGAACCCAAGUGGAACCCUAUGAGCAACCAGAGAGGGGGUCAGAAGGAUGGAGGGCUUCAUGGACCAGAACAGCAUUUCUGUUCCCAAAAGUGACGCAGAAGCUGGACGGAGGAAUGGCCUCAUCAACACUCGAAACUUAAUGGUGGAAACGAAAGAUGGCCUGGUGUCGGUGUACUCCGCCCCACAGUACCAGGGGCGCGUGGUGGUCAACGUGUCCCCAAAGAGCUCGGUGGACAGCGGUGUCAAGCACCCGUCCCCACAGCUCCUGAACCCGAGCACGCUGCCUCAAACGAUGGACUCCCGCUAUCGGCCCAACAUCAUCCUCUACUCGGAGAACAUGCUGAAGACCUGGAGCGAGGGCGUGAGCGCCGACUGCUGUGAAACGACUUUCAUCGAGGACAUCUCACCUACCAAAGAAGCCUUAGGGUUCCCCGAGGGCAGAUUUAUUGAACUUUCAGGGGACGACGCCAAGAUACAGACGCUCUCCUAUGACAUCGAUGAGGAGGAUGAGUUCCAGGAGCUGGAGAGCGACUAUUCCAGUGACACUGAGAGUGAAGAUAAUUUUCUUAUGAUGCCCCCAAGGGACCACCUGGGCCUCAGCGUAUUUUCGAUGCUCUGCUGUUUCUGGCCAUUAGGAAUUGCUGCCUUUUACCUGUCCCAUGAGACAAACAAGGCGGUGGCCAAAGGCGAUUUCCACCAGGCGAGCUCCAGCUCCAGAAGGGCCCUUUUCCUGGCUGUCCUUUCCAUCACCAUCGGGACGGGGAUUUACGUCGGGGUGGCCGUGGCUCUCAUCGCCUACCUUUCAAAGAACAAUCACUUAUAACGAUCAACUAUUCUGAAAAAAAAAAUGAAAUAUUGAAAAAAUGUUGUAGGCACCUAAAGGGCGGCACGGAGUGAGAGGUGCCAUUGGUGUCACCGCGACAUGAGGUGGGCAUACGGUGGGAAGACUCUGCUAGAGGAGCUCGGCACUGCAUUGUUUUUGGAUUCCUUUGCUACGCUUUCUAAUAUUUAAGCUUCAUGAAGCACUGAAUCGCCCCCUUGUGCCAGCCUCACGCCGCCGGGGUGCCAGGAGGUGAAGAGGACAUAAAGCGCCAUGCGCAGCUCCUUGGUGGACAUUUUCGAAACGCGGGCCCUCGUCAUCUGCUGCACACGUCCCGUCUGCCACCUAUCAGCCCGUUUCGAGGGUCUCUUGUCUGCACCCCUUCAUGUUCUGCAUGAAUACUCAGCUGCUCCGCUCCACCCACAGUGACCCACCUCUGCCACCUUCGUACCCAAAUCCCAGGCUGCAGCGGAGGGGGCGGAGUCUCUCUGCCUCUGGAGGAGAUGAGAACUGAUAAAGAAAACGCCUGGUGGUAGCGGGCACGGCGGGCACGACUGGACUGUCAUGCAGCGGCCAACCAAAUGACAUAAACGCACGUGAAGCAGGUGCAUGUGAACAUCCAGCUGAGCACUGUGUACUGUAAAUAAAGGACAUGCCACACUGCGACCCCUCUGUGUUAACGGCAUGGGUGGGCUAACCAGGGGGGGUCAGAAAAAAAAGAAAACGACAUUGCAAUACCAACGACUGGCCCUUCACCCAACUGACUGGGGGCACAGGGCGCUGUUUCCACACUGGGGUGCACAGUCAGGAUGAGCUCAGGAAGUUCCACUUUGGUGGCUUUUAAAGCGCCUUUCAUAACGUUGAUGGGGUGUCAUGUCUUGGAUGGGGUACAAGAGCAAGGGGUCCGAAGCACUUUCAUUUGAUACACAGUAAAAUAAAAACUCCAAUUCAAACACACCCACACACACAUUAUGUAAUAUAUAUUGUGGCCACUAGGGGCGUCACUGACCCCCAAAACUUAUACAAAGAUACAAAGACUCAGAGCCCAAUAAAAACAGAACUUUGUGUUGGUCUUUAACCCCCCCAGUGCCACUCGGGCUUGGCAUUCCAAGUAAAAACUUAACCCUGUUAAACUGGAAUAACACACCAUAAACAGGAAACGUAUUUAAAUAAUGCAGACCUUUUGAACUGACGCUCCGCCUCUCCUCCUCUUUUCAUUGGUCAAGAGUCUUGUCUUCAGUUCUAAACCUCAAUUUUAUUCAUUUUUUCUCUUCAAUAAAAAUGUGUUCACAAACACAAGGAACGUCCAGCAGGCCUCAGUGUGAGGACGAGUCCCCCAAAGCGUUUCACUUCAGCCGUUCCCGUUGCCUGCCCACCGUGUGUUACGUGUGCUGCUGUUGCCCCCCCAGUGGGUCCAGUGGGUUCAAACACUUUUCAUCCCAUCUCUAAACUGGACCCUUUAUCCUUGUCUGAGAGCAUCAGUCCAUCUAUCCAUCCAUUUUUCUUUCCGAUGCAGGGUUGUGGAAAGCUGGAGCCUGACCCAGCAAGCGGCGGGCACAAGGCAGGAACAAUACCUGGACAGGGCACCAACCCACCUACCUGCCAGGCCUUUGGACUGAGGGAGGAAACCAAAGCAAAGCCACAUGGAGAUCCUACAAACUCCACACACUGGGAGCACCCAGGAAUUGAAUGCCCAUCUCCCUGUUGCCACCGUGCCACCCUGCCUUUUUUUAAACAAGCCAUACACGAGCAGGUCUUUAGUGUGGAAUAUUAUCCCGUUUGUAUCACAAGUUAGAUUUCCAUUAACUGUACUGUCGUGCCAGUCUGCCACUUUCAGGCCUGGCAUCAGAGAUGUCUUCCUGUCUACCUACAGUAUGCCAGUCCCCUAGUUAGUGAGGAUGAGUAAGGGAGUGUGCAUGAAAAGAGAGAGGCGUCUGUGUGAAACUCACAAGGCUGCCAGCAGCAAAGUGGCACUCAUCUGCUACUGCGUCUUCCCCCCUAAAAGGCUGACUGGCACACUUUGUUUUAUUUGCUUUGGUAUUUCACCAACCUCAUCGAUUUUGUUUAAAUCUGAGCAGAAGGCCGCCAACGUCUUUCCGCAGCUCAGUGGGCAGAAGAUGAAAUGUGGGCCGACU